AUGGCUAAUAAAAUGAUCAAAAAGAAAAAAUACAGUGUUGGCCAUAUAUGUGGUUGUUGGGGUGCCCUAAUUUUCCUCACCAAUAUUAUGAACCUUAAUGCGAAUGAAAUAGUUUAUAAUAUUAAAUAA